AUCCGGAGCAUCUGCAGUGAUUCAUCGCACAACUCUCGGUGAUCCCUGAACCUACCAUGGCUUUCAGGCGCCCAUUGACGCUUUCCUCGGCGUCAGCGUCGCUACUGUCGCAGUCGACAGCGGCCGCUCGCUCUCGUAGCGCCGCAGCUUCUCGUUUCAACGCUUUCCGCGCCUCAUCUAGCAGCUCGACCUCUGCUCUGGCCUACAAGGCAUUGCACCGCCGCUCCCCUCUCCCCCUCCCCGUUUCCGACGCCUCUCCUCAGUGGGAUGCUCCUACCGCCGUCUCCUCUAUUCUGUACGAGACUCCCGUGCCUCCGAGCAACCCUCCGAAGCGCCAUGUUCUGAACUGCCUGGUUCAGAACGAGCCCGGUGUUCUGUCCCGUGUGUCCGGUAUUCUGGCCGCCCGUGGCUUCAACAUUGACAGUUUGGUCGUUUGCAAGACCGAGGUCGAUGAUCUGUCCCGCAUGACUAUCGUGCUCCAGGGCCAGGACGGUGUUGUUGAGCAGGCUCGCCGCCAGCUCGACGACCUCGUCCCCGUCUGGGCCGUUCUGGACUACACCGACUCCGCUCUGGUUCAGCGCGAGCUCCUGCUCGCGAAGGUCUCCAUCCUUGGCCCCGAGUUCUUCGAGGAGCUCCUCCAGCACCACCGCGAGAUCACUACCCCCGCUGACUCUCUGAAGGAGGGUCAGGGCCAUGGCUACCAGGAGGUUGAAUACCACCCCCGCAACCUGCCUCCCAGCCAGGCUCUGCGUCACAAGCACGAGCAUCUGGAUGCUAUUACCCGUCUGGCCCACCAAUUCGGUGGUAAGGUUUUGGAUAUUAGCAACAACAACUGCAUUGUCGAGGUUUCCGCCAAGCCCAGCCGUAUCGACUCCUUCCUCAAGCUGAUCGGUCCCUUCGGUAUCCUCGAGUCCACUCGUACCGGUCUCAUGGCUCUGCCCCGCUCCCCUCUGUCCGAGCACACCGAGGAGAUUGAGAAGGAUGCCGCCGACGUUGUCGAUGCCAGCACCCUGCCCCCCGGUUAAGCUCAUUUCCAACCCCAAAGUCAAAAAUAUACAUACCCAAUACGAUUUUGGUUUCUCUGCUGCGCAAUCCUUCAAUCUAUGUGUGCGAACUUCGAUU